CAUAUUUCUAUCGCCAAGAAUUAUGUAAAACAAAUUUCCCGAUCGGACCGAAUGGUUGACAAACCGCGACCGAGUUAUACGAGCUCUUUCUUGAGCUCUCGGAACUCAUCGAUGUCCUCGAGAUCGUCAUCACAUUUUGGUUCAAUGAGUCUUUCCCGCAGAAGAACUUGGGUUUUAGAUUCAAUGUCCGGAAAUGAUUUGGGUAAAUUUCAAGGAAUGCUCAGCUUUGCCAGCGAUACAAUAUCGGACGCCAUCGACAAAAUGCCUCUCAAUCUAAAAAGACAAUACGAGUGUUCGCAUCACUCGCUGGAAAUCAAUCCACAUUUACUGCAUUUCAUACCCCGGAGGACAAUAGACACACUGAAGAAGAGUACCAUUCGUCACAUCCAUACCAUAGACUUAGAGCACGAGCGCCAAUAUCUCCACGAAAAGGAUCCGUUGUUUCCGUUUUACUUAUAUUUUUCAGCGCUAAUCACUAUCGCUAUUAUGAUCAUCAGAUUCUUGACUCUUUAUGAUGAGCACACAGAUUGGGGCACUUUUUGGUACACAAACGGCACUAUUGUCUUCUAUCUAACCGUAUCUAUUAUCGCUAUAUCUCUGUAUUUCACUCAUAAAAAGAAACACGAGAUUAGCUAUUAUUAUCGUAUAUUAAUUUGGGCGUCCAUUUCGUUCUCAUUGAUUCUUAUCGCAUGUUUGGAUGUAAUCCAGUGUCCGGUGUCUAACAGAAUCACUCAAGAGGAGAGGGUUGAACACAUUGACACUAGUCAUAAGGGUAGUCACGAAUGUUUAUAUAAAUGGUCUCGGUAUUACACAUAUUUAGCAGUACUGGCGCUGACAUCCAUUUCGAUGUUUAUGCGAAUCAAUUUGUGGCUGAAAUUCAUUUUGGGCACAAUUACCCUCAUUAUAGUUAAUACUCUCACACAAUAUCAUAGCUGUUCAGUGUUUGUGAAGAUCGACUCCUUCUAUAACCACCAGAACCUUAAGGAAAUGGAGUUCUUUACGCCACGUCUGGCACACAUGCAGUACCUCUUUGUCGUGUAUCUCAUGUUUUAUGUGAUGGACCGUCAGAUUGAAUACAUAAUGCGAUUAGACUUCUUGUGGUCAGUAAAGCUGAAACGUGAGCGACAAGAGGCCCGCAUCACCAGAAAUGUCAACCAACUGUUGCUGAAGAAUAUGCUGCCCAUACAUGUGGCCGAACGGUAUUUGCUCAACACUCCCGACCCCAUCAACAACACUGAACUCUACUACGAGGCCUAUAACUCCAUAGCCGUUAUGUUUGCGUCGAUUCCCAACUUUUUCAAGUUUUAUAGAGACGACGACGGACUCAAAUACUUGGAAAUACUCAAUAAUAUUAUCUGUGAUUUUGAUCGAUUAUUAGUAGUGCCGGCAUUCAGUCAUAAGAUUGAGAAGAUCAAGACAGUCGGCUCUACAUAUAUGGCCGCAUCGGGUCUACGGCCCGGAAAAGGAUCUAUUGAUAGUGUUAUUAGUGUAGACGAAGAGAUUGAAAAUUUAAUAGUAUUGAUCCGUUUUGCGAUGGCGAUGACAAAAGCGCUCAAAAAAUUCAAUGUUCACCGAAAUUCACUGUACGAGUCGGGCUCUGACGUCGACUUUAAACUUAGGAUCGGUAUAGCAAUGGGAGCCGUCACUGCCGGAGUUGUCGGAUCAGUUAAGCCACAGUACGACAUAUGGGGUGACACUGUGAACGUCGCGAGUCGUAUGGACACCAAUGGACUGAUCGAUCGGAUCCAUACGACCGAAGAAGUGGGCAAAAUCUUGAUCGAGUUCAAUUUCCCGUAUAAGCCCGUAUGCAGAGGUGCUAUGAAUAUAAAGGGGAAGGGAAUGAUGUCUACUUAUCUCAUCGAUUCAAACCAGAAGGUUAUGAUUGAAGAAUAUUUAGGAUUCUUCUGAUAUAUUGCAUAA